AUGUCCAGCAUCUACCGCGCCGCGUCGCCGUACGGGCGCUCAGCGUCCCCGAAUCCGUACGGGGCACAUCCUCCCGCGUCGCCGUACGCGCAGCCGGCGAGCAUUCCCUAUGGCGGGCAGCAGGCGGGGUCUGUGUACGGGCAGCCUGCGGCGGCCUCGGGGUACGCGGCAGCGCCGUACGGGCAGGGCCCGACGACGCCGUAUGCGCAGCCCGCGACCUCGCCGUUCGCACCCACCGCGCCCUCGCCCUACGGCCAGCCAGCCGCAUCCCCCUACGCAACAUCGACGCCCGCGUACGGCGCGCGCGCGGCCUCGCCCUACGCGCAGCCCUCGAUGCUGCCGCACACCCCAGGGCCCACGACGCCCUAUGGCGACCCCGGCAUGGGCGGCAUGGGCGCGCCACAGCCGCAGACGCAGGGCCAGGCAUCCAUCCAGCCCGGCUCGAUCACGUAUACCACAUCCACGGGGCCCGAUGGGCGCCUCGUGUACCAUCCGUUCAAAGCCGUCCCCGCGUCGUACAAGACGUCGACGGGCAUCGUGUCGGGCAUCCAGUGGGUGCCUGCGGAGGCGACGUCCGUCCUGCCGAGUGGCGCGCAGCCGGCGAAUGACGACUUUAUGUCCUCCUGGACGCGCACGGGCCGCCUGAACGCUGAGGAGGAGCGCUCGGUGAAGGAGUGGCAGCGCGAUGAGGACCGCCGCCGCCGUCGCGAGGAGCGCGAGGCGUCACACCGCGUGAGGGAGAAGUCGCGCGUGCGGGAGCGCUCCUCGGUGAGAGGCGACGACUUCGAGCUUGAGAGGGCGCGGGACCGUGACAAUGCAGCUCGCUCGCGCCGAAAGAGCUUCGUCGGGCCUGCCGCGUCCCCGUAUGCCGCCACUCAGACGUACGGUGCGCAGGGCAUGCCCGGUGGCACGAGUCCUUAUGCGCCGCCGGCAUCGCCGUAUGUGGGCAGUAAUGCUGGUGGAUAUGCGGGGAGCACUGCAGGCACUGCGGGAGGGUACGCUGGGAGCGCUGCUGGGGGCUACGCCGGCAGUGCGGCUGGUGGGUACACUCGCGAGCGCAAGUACAGCACGGGCGAGCAGCUUGCGUCGCAUAUGGCAGACCUUGACCUCGACCGUGGUGUGGAUUACAACACGCGUCAGUCGCGCCGCCGUAGUGCUUAUGGUGCUCCUGAUGCUGGAGGUUACUCUACUCGCCCUACUACGCCUGGCUACACUGGUCAGGUAUAUCCAAAGAAUUAUCAGGGCCACAUCAUGGAAGGUCAGCCUAUCCCUCCAGGCCAGCCGUACCCAACUGCGCGCUCGCGUGCCACCACUCCCGCACCGCCCUCGCACACACCCCUUCCCGGCACGACCAGCUCCGCCUACGGCGGUCCCGUAACCUUCCCCUCCGCCGGCGUUGGCGGCGGCGCCUCCCCGAACAUGGGCGGCAAUCUCGCCCUCGCCGGCGGCCCGCCCAUCCUCCCCGAGACGGGCCAGCUCGCGCCGCCCGAGAGCUUCAGCCGCCCACCGAACGCGGCGAUGCCGUACACGCCGUUCGCGAGCCCGAUGUACAUCGCGCAGAUGACGGACAUCGUGCGCGAUAUCCCGCCGAUGCCGCUCGUACUGGGCCCGCACGACGUGUCGCACGAGGACUGGACGCGGAUGAUGGCGGACAUCGCGAGGGCGUGGGCGGGGGUGCUGCCCAUUGCGCAGGAUGGGCGCAAGCAGAAGCGCUCGUCGCUCGUGUCGCAUAUGCUGGAUGCGUGGAACCAGAACUUCUACAUGGCGCGCGGGGUGGAGGUCGUGCUUUACAAGGGCCGCGAGCGUCGUUCAGGCCCGGCAUCGGGGAUGAUGGACGGCGUGCUGCAGGACGGCCGCUUCUCGGAUACGGAGGAAUCCGACACGACGGAGAGCGACCUCGACGACGAGAACUCGCUGACCGGCGCAUACGGCGGCGCUUACGGCGGAGGAGGAGCCUACGGGCGCGGCGCGGACGGAAACUAUGGCCGCAACGCGGAUGGCCUGUACGGACGCCAGGCCGGGAAGGAGGAGCGCAGGCGCCGCCGGAGGGAGAAGCGCGCGAGGCGGAAGGAGCGCGAGAUGCACAAGGUGUACUCCAUCCAGAUUAUUUGCCUGCCGUCGGGUGGUCCGGGUGGUGCUGGUGCUGUUGCGCAGGCUCCGCCGAUGACGCCCGCUGGCAUGGCGAGCCCGUACCACCGUGGCUACUAG